AUGGCCCAGGUGCGGGAUUUAAUUCCUAUGCUGUUCUCCGUACUCCAGCAGCAACCGGCGGCAGUGGGCGUGGUGAUCCGUGGUUGCCGAGACGGCGAGACCAGCGGCUGCAGCCGCGUGGUUCCACUCCUCGCCGUCGUGACUGGGGUUCCAGGGGACGAGGGACCACCGGAGGUCCCCAAGUCGAAGGGGAUAGCAGCCACGGCAUCUCAGCCAUCUACACCAGCAUUCACAGCCCUGGCAGCACCCACAACCAACACCUUCGACACUGGACUCGACGUCAACAUCAAUAGCGUACAGGAGGUGUUUGAUGGAAUACCCGUGAGGUAA